AUGGGCGAUGCGACCCGGAUUGGAGAUAAAGGCAAGCACACACUGCGCGCCAUCGACAACCAUGGUCACUCUUGUCCUUCUUCCCUUGCUCGUCAUUAUCAUCCCUGUCUUCACUGUCCUCUAUUGCAGCGACCGGCUCUCCAGACAAUGUCGCUUAAAAAUAGGACUCAUCGCGUAGCCUUGACCAUCCGCUACAUGACGCCAACGGUGCCGCUGUCGGCCUGCCGAGACCACGCGGUGGUCGUCUUGCCUUUGAAGAUCACUGAGGUAUCGUUCUCUGUGCGGCUGGUGCGACGCAGCGAGGGUGCGCUCGGGCGGGCGCAGGCGCUCGUCGCUCCAUAUGGCGGUACAAUUCGUCAUGACGAACGGCGCGUCCUUCGCACUUCUAUGAUCGGGUAUCAUGUGGCUCCACCCACGCCAGUGUCAGCUCAGAGUGCAGCUGCACCAGCCCUCACGGAUUCAAGCGACGAGCCAAGCCGUCGCCAGCUCACGCAGUCGGUGCCUGCAGACGUUUGGCGCACUUCCUCAUCCCAAACAACCGAGGUAGCGUCGAUCCCUGGCCGUCGCUUGCGAAGGCGGCCCAUCGCGACCGCACCGGAUGGCGCUGGCAGCGUCAGCCACGUCAUCCCACGUCCUGCCCGGCAGAGCCAGCCUGUCGCCGCGGCACGCAGCCCUUGCAGAGAGUGCAGCGGCGCGUGCAGACUGCGCGGCGCCGGCAUUGACAAGUAG